GCGAACACAACCAAGGCGACAAUAAUAUUCCAACACUUUUCUUGUACGCACAUUCACCUCUCUCCUCCGCAAUCCAUACGCUGAUCAACCGCGCACAGUCUUCUCGCCAAAAUGUCGAACGUUGAUAUCAAGGCGGCCGGGUGGAAGUUGGUCGAGGUCGGACGUAUUGUCACCAUCCGACAGGGACCCUUCGCCGGCAAGUUGGCUGCCAUCGUUGAGAUCAUCGAUGCUGGAAGAGUCCUGGUUGAUGGUCCCUCAACGAAAGAAGACGCCGUCGUCCCCCGACAAGCCGUUUACACCAGCACAGUCACUCUGACCCCUUGGGUGAUCUCUAUCCCGAAAGCUGCCGGUACUGGUGCCGUCAAGAAGGUGUGGGAGAAGCAGGAGGUUGACAAAAAGUGGUCCGAGUCGUCGUGGGCGAAGAAGAGAGAGCAAGCAGACCGAAGGAAGAACCUGACAGACUUUGAACGAUUCAAGGUCAUGAGACUGAAGAAGCAGCAACGAUUCGAGACACUGAAGGCGCAAGCUAGAGUUCGGGCGACGGCGAAGGCAUAAACCAGGAAUUGUUUCGGCGUCAUAUGAAAAUUCAACCGGUUCAAAUAACAACACAAAAGGCAUGCGGGCUGUGGGCAUGUCGAUAAAAAGACCUCAGUGAUGGGGGUGGCAAGGAUCGUUCGUGGCUGUGGCUAUUCUGCUAUUUCGCCCGCGCGAGCAUCUACCAGAGCAUGAUCCAAUAAAUUCAUGAAACUCGAAAACCAAGAAUUGACACGAUCCUCCGUAAGCAGGGCAUCGUUCUAUGGAGACGUCUGUGUUUCGAGGCUUGCGCUUAAAAAGCUUUUUACAGAUUCAAUCAGACGUAACUCUUUACUCCAAAUGUUUCUACAGAACAUAUCCC